AUGAUUGAUUAAGUGGCAGGUAAAGGUGUGAAUUCCCGGUUGCUGUUUAACAAACUGAAAUGCAAGUGUAAGCACAUGACCUGCUGUUUAGUAGUAUGUACUCAGUAAAUCCUUAUCAGUGCUCUUUAAAGCAUUUCAUGUGUUCAGUGAGCCGCAGGGAGGUCGUUUUACAGUAGGAACCGGGCGUAUAACUGGUUCAGUUCCCAGUUGGGUCAUUUCUGUUGUGCCCUUGAGUAAGGUUCUCCACCUCGUUUUCUUCAGAAAUAAUUUCCAGCUGUGUAAAUGAGCUGCGUGCAAGUGUCUAAUCUGUGUGACCCACUCUGGGUAAGAGUGCUAAAUGAAGUAUGGAUGGUGUAUGAGGAUAAAUGGCUGGUUUCUGUGCUGGGGUUUUUUCAAACCUGAAAUGAAAUGUAAUGAAUGGAAAAUGAUCCCUAAUGUAAAGUGGGGUUUUAAGAACAGCCAGUCUUUUGUUAGGGUGGCCUGACCCUGGGUUUGGGUGAUCCAUACAGUGGGAAUGAGGACAGAUUGUUCCUGUUCUGAUACUGGCUGAAGGCUCCCUCUCCACGCCCCUUCCCAAAAAAAAAAAAUCCCACCUUUUACAAAUUAAGAUGGUAGUAUUUAAGGAUUUGGGUUAGGAUGUUUUCAUCGUUUAAUGCUUGUUUUGUAGGGCUGAACAUGGAUGCAAUAUGUAUUCUGAAUUUGUAUUUGGAUCUUGGGUAACAUUUGAUGUUCACUAGUGUUUUAGUGAUGUUGUGUCUACUGGCUGGUCUGGCAAUGUUAGCCUAAUGUGGCACUAUAGUUCAUAUUAAUCAAGUGAAUACACGUAUGUUCUUCAGUGUACAAGGCUCUGGAAAAGUGCGUGUGGUAAAUCAAUGUGGUGUACUUGGCAUUAGUGGGCGGACCCAAAGCCCGUAACCACGUAUAAAAAAAUGGCGCGAAAUAAGUGACUGACUGACCCGUGACGUAGGCCACAGAAGAGGACCGGAUAUAAAGGAGGCUGCCAUUUCCUUUCGUUGUUAGCAUUAGAGCGGCGGCGGACCGCGACUCUGCCGGGAAAUGGAGGAGCCGCUGCCCCCGCGCGAGUCGGGCCGCUGGGUGGCCGAGCGCAGCCGCGAUGUGUUCGUGGAGGAGGAGGGCGUGCGUCGGGCGGCGGAGAUGCUGUACGCCCUGCGGGACAGCGAGGUGUUCACGCCGCAGGGCUGGAAGAAGAUGAACCCGCUGGCCCCCGCCUUUGACUCUGACCUCCACAUCAACUGGGUCUUUGUGGUCGACACCAUGAACUUCUCCUUCUGGCCCGACCGCGAUGACCGGCAGUGCACGGUCACCUGCCGCGGCGCCACCUACAGCGGCUACAUGGCGCUCUGCGCCGCCGUUACCAGGGCGAUGGACGAGGGCGUGCCCAUCACGGACGCCGCGUACAUGGCGAGCGUGAGCUUGGAGGACCUGGGGAGGGUCCUGCGCUCGGACACGGCCACGCCCAUGCCCAUGCUGGCGGAGCGCCAUCGCGCGCUGAACGAGGGCGGGGCCGUCCUGCUGCGAUACGGCGGCUCCCUGCGCCGCUUCCUCAGCCACGGCGACGGCGACGCCCGGCGACUCAUCCGCCACAUCGUGGACAACCUGCCGUCGUACCGCGACGAGGCCGAGUACGAGGGUAAGAAGAUUGCCUUUUUUAAGAGAGCCCAGAUCCUGUUGGCUGAUUUCUGGGGGAUCAUGGAGGCGAGAGGAGAAGGAAGCAUCCCCAACCUGGACUACCUGACCAUGUUUGCGGAUUACAGGGUACCCCAGGCCCUGGUCUACCUGGGGGCGCUGCGAUACUCAGACUCACUCAUGAAUACACUGAAAGAAGGAGUGCUUCUCCCCUCAGGAGAUCGCAGGGAGGUGGAGAUCCGCGGCUGCUCCAUCUGGUGUGUGGAGCGGAUGAAGGCGGAGCUGUGCAAGCUGGUGGAGCAGAGAGACGGACGGCCCUGUCACAUUAACUCCGCCCUCAUCGACUUCUACCUGUGGCCUUACGCCAAGGAGCACAGCCAGGAGAUGUCUCAUAUACCCAUACAUCACACACGCUGCAUAUAUUACUGACACACACCUAUACCUAUGCACCACACACACUGCAUGUAUUAAUGACACACCUAUAUCUAUACACCACACGCACAUUGCAUCUAUUACUGACACACCACUAUACACCACACACACACACACACACACACACCUGCACCUAUACACCACACACGCUAUAUCUAUUACUGACCCACACAUGCAGACGAAUGUCUGGUGCUCCAGCUUUACUUUUAAUAAAAUCAAACAUGUUAAAUAUGUAAAGAAUGGGUACAUUUUGUUAAUUAACAGUGUUCAAAUUAAUGUCUGUUAUAUCAGAUGCACCAGGCUACAGAGACAAUUUGAUGACAUCCAUAACUUGCAAACACAGUGGUUGCUAAUAUAUUGCAUCAUGCUGCAGAUUUAGGGCCUGACUCAAGAAAUAAUUAAGAAUUUUAAUUCAUGAAAAUUGAGGUACAGCAAGCCUUAAUUAUGUAAUGGUGGAGCUGAAUAAAUAUUAAAUAAUUUAUGACA